CGUUACGACACUUCAGACAUAAUACAGUCCCGCUCUUAUUCUCGUCAAGACGAGCCUCGAGGAUCACUGUGCGAUUUUUCCACCUGAGGACAUCCGAGAGAAACAAACCGGACACAGAAUUGACAAUUCCUUAGGGAACUGUUAUCGUGAUUGUUACAAAGGUGAAUUGAGCAACUGUAGCCAUGGACAGCACGGGUGACAACAUGAGGGAACACCUAGCGAUAACCAUCAGGGAUGACAAGAUGUCGUAUGAUAACCCUGGUAUGGUUUACGACGGCAACACAACAGAAAUGAAGUUUCGCAGGCUGUCGAACGUAAACGGCCCUUGCGUAGGUAAGGAGGCAGCAGAAAGCAAAAGUGAAAAACUUCCGAGGGACCAUAAGUCGAUAUACAUCCAGAAUCAGAACUCUUUCCAUCCGCACAAAUCAGCUGAAAAGGAGUACGACCCCUAUGACAACAGAGUCGUCAAACAUCCCACGACAUACUGGGAAACGUUAAUUCACAUGUUAAAGGCAAGUUUGGGAACUGGGAUCCUAGCGAUGCCAGAAGCGUUCCACAACGCGGGAUAUGCCGUUGCAACGAUAGGAACGAUAGUCAUUGGCUUCCUUUGCACAUACACCAUACACAUACUAAUCAGCACUGAGUAUGAGCUGUGUAAGAGGAAGAAAUUGCCGAGCAUGACCUAUCCCGCGACCGCGCAAGCAUCAGUGGCCGAUGGACCUAAAGCCAUCAGAGGAUUGGCUCCAGCAGUACCGAUCAUUUGCAACAUCUUUCUACUUCUCUAUCAGAUCGGCUCAUGCUGCAUAUACGUGGUUUUUAUAUCGACUAACAUCAAAGAUGUUUGCGAUUACUACUUCCCUGAGCAACAAUUGGACAUCAAGUUGUACAUGCUGAUGAUCCUUUUGCCUCUGAUACUGAUCAACUGGGUGCGAAACUUGAAAUACUUGGCACCACUUUCUUCGAUAGCGAACGCCGUAACUCUCGUGAGCUUCGUUAUAAUAUUCUAUUACAUGUUCGAUGACGUGCCGGCCGUUAGCACCAGAGACGCUGUGGCACCUUUCAAAGGGAUGCCACUCUUCUUCGGGACAGUGCUGUUCGCCAUGGAAGCCAUCGGAGUAGUGAUGCCGCUAGAAAACGAGAUGAAAGAACCGCGAAAGUUCGGCAACACGUUCGGUGUGCUCAACUGCGCCAUGGUGCCCAUCACCCUUCUUUACACGUUCGUCGGAUUCUUCGGCUACCUGAAAUACGGACCUGAUGUCAAAGGGUCUAUCACCCUCAGCUUGCCCGCGCACGAAAAGCUCGCACAGGCGGCUAGAUUAAUGCUGGCAUUUGCUAUAUUCAUCACACACGCCCUCGCCUGCUACGUCGCUGUAGACAUCAGCUGGAAAGAAUUUUGCGAACCUCACGUCAAGAAAUGGAAGACUUUUGGCGAAUACAUUGUCAGAACACUUCUCGUACUUCUUACGAUCGCAUUAGCAGCUGCGAUUCCAUAUCUAGAACUUUUUAUCGCUUUGAUCGGAGCUCUGUGUCUGUCGACAAUGGGGCUCGCUUUCCCAGCGUUAAUCCAGCUCUUUACAUACUGGUACGAAUACACUGGGGCCCAAUUCGUGCUUUUCUUCCUCAAGAAUCUUACGAUCGUUUCUAUCUCACUCUUGGGGUUCGGAGUCGGCACUUACACCAGCAUCAUGGCCAUCGUCGAGGAAAUCAAUAAGUAAUUAAAACAAAUUUAAAAAAGACGUAAAUGUUAUUAUUCUGAGUUCCUCCAGUAUUUAAAACAAUAGACUUCACUUGUAAAGAACGAAUUUUUAUUGUUAUUGUAACGUCUGUACUUGAUAAAACUGUUCGACUUUGUUUUUCCUUUUGACAAUUUUGUAUGUUUUUGUUAUUACUAUGUACAUUAAUAUUUCUUAAGUUUUUUUUAAGAAAACAAUGUGAUCUUAUUCUAUGAAUUUGUAAAUAUUUGUACUAUCGGAUGUAAGGGUUAGAUAUUACCAAUAAUUUAAGAUUCUCUAUAUUCUCUGAAUGUACUAUAAGCUAUUACCAAUAAUUGUUUUAAAAAAAUUAAAACUUGUACAUUAAAAUGUGUUAUUUAGGCGAUUUUUAAUUUUGCGAUUAAUGAUUUUGUGUACCUGUCGACAAAUUGUUUUGUAAAUAAUGUAUAUUUGUUUGUACAGUAAUACAAAAUAAAUG